AUGUCGUCAGAGUAUGGCGAGAGUGAUCAAGACAUUCUCCAGAAGUUGAUCAGCCAUUUCAAAACCCUUGGAGAUCCGAACAACAAAAGAUUCAACCGAGUAGCAGGAAAGGUGAGGUUUUUGGUUUAAAAACCACUUCUUUAUUUGUGUUUAGGUAGUUCCGGUUUAUGCGACCAGAGAAAAGGUUAUUUAUCAUUUGACCUUGGAAGAAGAGCAUCUGAACUCGAAAGGAUCACUUCAUGGAGGUCAGACUGCAGCGCUCGUUGAUAUACUGACCGCCCGAGCUGUUGGAGUACCCAAGGGUGAUGCGGAAGCCAGCGGAACCGUUUCUGUCGAGCUCUCCGUCAGGUGCGACCUUGUUUUAGAUACCUAUCUCUGUUUAGGUACCAUAUCGGAAAAGUCUUUCUAAACCCCCUUGUUUUAGUUAUAUGAGGCCAUCCAAACAAGGUGAACUCCUCGAGAUCGAAGCGCGGAUUCUAAAAGCGGGAGCCAGAGUUGCUUUCACGUCAAUCGAGUUCAGGAAACACUCAGAUAAGUCAUUGAUUGCCGCCGGAAAGCAUACUGUAAUGUUUACGAAUCCACCCGAAAGGAAAGCAUAA